UCCACAUUGCGGAAGCGGGUAAUGGCGGCGUAAACAACGGAAAGAUAUGUGAAAGACGCACUGCUUAGCGAAAACAAAACUUAAAAUACAACUUUAAAUAAAUAAACAAACGGAGUAUGUUUUCGGCCGGAGGACAUAUGCUCAAUGUGCUAACUAUUAAAUUACCAUUGGUUCAACUAUAGGCGCUGCAUAGCCGUUAGUUCUGGCUAACUUUUAGCACAGUUUGUUAAUUUAAACGGAAAAGUAGUUUUCAGAGAUGCGCUGUGUCGUGACGGGAGGAAACGUGAAAGUGUUGGCCAAAGCGGUCCAUUCUCUGUCCAGGAUCGGUGAUGAUCUGUAUGUGGAGCCUCAGGAAGAUGGGCUGGCCCUGCGGUCUGUCAACUCCUCUCGGUCGGCAUAUGCUUGUUUCCUGUUCGCACCACUCUUCUUCAGCAGGUACUCCAUUCCCAGUGAUCAUACCUUCCGCUGCAAGAUGGCAAUAAAGAGUGUGCAGGCUGUGUUCAGAUCUCUGGCAACUCUGGAGAAGACCGUGGAAAAGUGUCACAUUGAGCUGGAUGAACAGAAGGACCGUCUCACUUUCACCCUGCACUGCAAACACGGCCUCCUGAAGACACAUAACCUGUCUUUCCAAGACAGUGAAAGUUUACAAGCAGUGUUUGAUAAAGACAGCUGUGCCAAUGUAUUCAGAGCCCAGUCCAGGCUGCUGGUGGACACAGUCGUGCACUUCCCCUCGUCUCUGGAAGAAGUGACUGUAUCAGUGAGCGAUGAACGGAUGUGGGUCAGGAACCAUGUGGAGGAAGAAGCAGAGCAGUCCAAGGUCAUGCUGACAGAGCUGUGUCUGGCAUCAGAUGAGUUUGACCAUUUUGCCGUCAAAACUCACAACAGCAUCACCUUUUGUCUGAAGGAGUUACGGGGUUUGUUAGUAUUUGCAGAAUCCACUGGUCUUCCUGUUUCUAUGUACUUUGAUGAGCCGGGAAGCCCUGUGGUGCUUUCAGUAACAGACAACGUCCUGGAGGGAAAUUUUGUGCUGGCCACACUCUCUGAAGAUCCCAGCCUUCAUAAAAACAACAGUAAAGGAGCACACACACUGCCACCGCCCCCUCCUGAUGACUUCAUGAACGACGACAUAGACUCCUAUCUAAUCGCCAUGGAUACCAGUAUUGCACCAGGUCCCUCGACUGCAGGUCCUUCCACACCUCCAUUAGCUGAUCCCACGUGUUCAAAACAGUCUGCUGUAGCUGCCCACAGGACAAGGACACACAGAGAGGAGGACGAAGAGGCAGAGGAAGAUGAAACAGAUGAUUCAGACAGACCGCCUAACAAGAAGUUCCGUUCCCUCUUCUUCGGAUUGGUUCUUCCUCCAUCUUCUCAGAUCAGCACUCAGCCAGUGAUGAGCCAGGAGGUGUUGGCCAGUGACAGUGAGGAUGAAACUCAAGCAGAGUAACAGUGGACUGAUGGGUGAGAGGAGAGAAAUAGACUGACCUAACAGCACUGUUACACCAUGACACCUGGAUUACUUGAAACUGAAGACAUGGACAUCUUAGACUUAUUUUCAUCCUUAUUUGCCACAUGGAACAUGCAUGGUUAAUACAGAGACAUCAUCAGUACAGACAUGGUGCAUUCCAAAUUAUCACUGGAUUUCUAAUAUUCAUGGUGGACUUGAAAGUCAGGAAUAAUGUGAAACACUUCUAGGUUAUGUUUGUCCGAUUUGUAAUCAAGCUGCAGCGUUUAAAGUCCCAACAAAUAAAACAAACAGAUUUUUCAAA